GGGCGAGACGAAGAGCAGUCAGCGGCGCGAGCGACUCGGUACAUUGCAACUCAGUGCAAGCCGCAACUGUGUUGCUCAGGCAGCCAUGGAACAGAAAAAUCAACUGGAAAUGGAAACGUGCAUCAAAGUGAUGGAGGAGUUGAUUGUGGAACUGCAUCUAUUUCUGGAACUUCUUGACCAUGAAUAUCUAACCUCAUCUGCCAGAGAGAAAAAGACUGCAGUCUGCAACAUCUUAAGGAGGAUCAAGUCAAUGCAUGAUUGUCCAAUGAAAAACGCUACACAGAAGCAUGACUUACCCUGCAGUAUGCCUGCUCCACCUCAGAUCCCUCUACCUGAGAUCCCUCAUCCAUGGCAUCCAGUCGAAAACAGCCCACCACCCCUGCCAACUUCUUCCUUGCCUGAAGGCUAUUACGAGGAAGCGGUGCCACUGAGUCCAGGGAAAGCUCCAGAGUACAUCACUUCUCGAGAUUAUGAUUCAGAUGCCAUGAGUAGCUCCUAUGAAUCAUAUGAUGAAGAUGAUGAGGAUGGGAAGGGAAAGAAACUAAGACACCAAUGGCCAUCUGAGGAGGCCUCAAUGGAUUUGGUGAAAGAUGCUAAGAUCUGUGCUUUUCUUCUGCGCAAGAAACGUUUUGGACAGUGGACAAAACAAUUCUGUGUCAUUAAAGAUAACAAAUUAUUGUGCUACAAAAGUUCGAAGGAUCACCAACCUCAGAUGGAGUUAUUGCUGUCAGCCCACAAUGUGUCCUAUGUUCCCAAAGACAGCAAAAGGAAAAAACAUGAACUAAGAAUCACUCAGCAAGGAGCAGACAUUUUGGUCCUGGCCGUGCAAAGCAAAGAACAGGCAGAGGAGUGGCUAAAGGUGAUUAAAGAUGUUGUUGUACUUUGCAAUGUAACUACUGAAACAGAUGGAUCCAUGACAAUUUUUCCUGUGAACAAGGCAGAAUUGGAAAAGAAAUUAUCUUCAGAGAGGCCAAAUUCAGAUGGUGAAGGACAUUUGGAGAAUGGUACCCAUGUUGGAACAACAGAUGGUAAAGACCAUGGAAAGGGGAAGAAAAAUGCAAAGGCAGAGCCAAAAGGGGCUGUGAGCAAGGUCACUGGAAAGAAAAUUACUAGGAUAAUUGGUCUGGGAAAAAAGAAGCCAUCAACAGAUGAACAGACCUCCUCUGCUGAAGAAGACAUCCCAACCUGUGGCUAUCUGAAUGUGCUGUCUAACAAUCGAUGGAGGGAACGCUGGUGCAGAGUGAAAGAUAACAAGCUGAUCCUCCACAAAGAUAGGACUGACCUGAAAAUUCACAUGGCUUCUAUUCCACUGCGUGGAUGUGAAAUCAUCCCAGGCCUGGAUUCCAAACACCCACUGGCAUUCCGUUUGCUUCGGAACGGACAGGAAGUGGCAGUUUUAGAGACCUCUUCAGGAGAGGAGCUGGGAAGAUGGCUAGGUGUUUUACUAUCUGAAACUGGUUCUGCCACAGACCCAGCAGCCCUACACUAUGAUUACAUUGAUGUAGAAACAACUUCAAGUGUUAUACAGACCGCAAAACAGUGCUUCAAUUUAUUACACAGACGGUCGAUAUCUCCAAAUAGAUAUGGUGGCAACAUGCCUAAUGGAUACGCAUGUCCUCGUGGAGUCUCUCUUCAUUAUGAUGAUGUACCUUGCCUAAAUGGAACAGCAAAAGGGAAGAAGAUGCCAACAAUAGUAAAUGGUAUGACAACAAAGCAGAAGGCUGGAAACAGUCAAGUGAGAAAGGCAAAUCCUAGCACAAAUGUUAAACGCACUGCAUCAAAUGCUGAUCAAUAUAAAUAUGGUAAGAACCGUGUAGAAGCUGAUGCAAAAAGAUUACAGUCAAAGGAGGAAGAGAUGAAAAAGCAGAAAGAAAUUCUACGCACACGGCUGGCACAACUGAGAAAAGACAGGAGGGAGCUGAAAGCGGCUAUUGAAACAUGUACAGGUAAGAAGUCUCAGGCCGCUCUAGAGACAAAGCUAAAGAAAUUAGAGGAGGAGUGCAAGAUGAAAGAGACUGAACGUGUGAACUUGGAAUUGGAACUGACAGAAGUGAAUGAAAGCUUGAAGAAAGCUCUUGCUGGAGGCCCCACACUGGGCCUGACAAUAGAACCAAAGUCAUCAAGAACCUCCAGCCCACAGACGCUCCUACACUACACUGAAGGACUCCAGAAGCAGCAACGCUCCACAUUUCUCAGCAGGCCAGGGUUGGAAGUCCAGACGAGAAAUGUGGAGCUUCAAUCUAAGUCCCCUGUGUUCAUGCAUCGCACCCUGGACAAUUCUCCAGCUUCCAGCUGUGAUACAAGUGACACUGAGCCAUCCUCGCUGCCUGUGAAUGCAGCUGCUCUCGGAAGAAGACCACCUUCCAUGGUUUCUUCUCCAAGUCGAGGCCACGUUCGCAGGAAGGCCAAGGAAUGGGAGCUGAAGACUGGAACAUAAAAACAAAAAAGAAAGGGUUCCCUUUUUAAAAUAUUUAUUUCCUUAAACAAUAUGUACAAGACCGGAAGCACUGCUACUGAGUCCUUCAACUCAAAAAUCUACAAGGCCUGCAUGGUCCUCGAAUAAGUUGUGGAAAACUAGCAGCUAUUCCAUGUUGAAGUGUACCUUUAUGGUCCUGGAUCAAUGCUGAAAGUUUUUUUAAUUGUACCCUCCCUCCCCGACCCUCCCAUUGUUGAUUGGCUAAAUGUAUUACUUACAGCAUGGACUCUGCAAACAGAAUACUUGUUCAAGAAUGUCAUGUCAUUUUAGUGGAUAAAUGUCACAAGUUUAAAAUAAUCAGACAAGGAAUGACAAUUAAGGAACCCCUAAUACAAAGAGAAACAUAUAUUUAUUACAACAAAGGCAUUUUACAUUGCCUUUUUAAGUUAUGAUUAUAUUGAAAGUGUGUGUUUUGUGUAAGGUGCUCCCUCAAACAAAGAGCUACAUAAUAAAACAGUAGCCCUGGUAAGUUCUGCAGUAGCCACUCAAUUUUGAAUGUUGACACCUGUUUUUAUUGUUACUCACCCUAAUUUGAUGAGACGUUCACAUAUUUUCCAGGAACAAUGUAUAAUUUGCUACAACAUUCGGGCGUUAUUCUAAUUCAAGUCAAAACCCAUUCACUUAGAGUUAAGAUCGAGCCCAUCGUGUAUUGGUUCAUUAAAGAUAAAAAUCACAGCUUGUAUUUUCCAUUCAAGCUUGAUAUUGGUUCUUAAAAAUGUUUGUUCAGUUAUAGAUUCAAGAUAUUGUACUUGUCAUUUACUGUAGUUUAUGUCAUUCCACAGAUUUUCUAAAAUAGUAACUUCAUUUCACCUACAAUGAAGAGGGUUUUGACACACAAGCAACUUUUGAUAUAUAGACAUGCGAUAUUGGUAAAGAAUUUAAGUUUUGAUGUAAGAUAGUUGAUGUGCUUUUGUACUUCAUGGAAAAUGUAAUUAUGUAUAAUGUUAUUUGAACUAAGUCCAUAUUUUAAAAUUAUUUGUCGAGAUUCCCAUGAUUUCAAUUAUGAAGAAUUAAAUAUAAAAUAUGAAAACAACAAAAAAAA